GACCAUCAGCUCGGACCCCUCUACCUGAAUGGCGCCGGCAGAAAGAGGCGGGGCUUGACGCAGAUGCAGCAGGAGCGCAGCUCCGCUGCCAGCACUCACUCACUCACAGACGGAGUUGAACCCGCGCUGCGCAGAACGUGACUGGCCGUUUGCUGCUGUCUAACAGAGAAAAAUAACCGCGGAGAGAAACGUAAACAGAAGGAAGACUGGAGUGACCUUUGACAAAAACUUCAAUAAACCCUGAGAUUUUAUUUUGAAAUUCUUUUGAACUGUAUUUGGGGGAGAAGACAUCGGAGUAUGAACUGAGGCACAGCGCUGUUGCUCUUUAACAGGAUGGAUUCCCUUCUCUUCUCCGUGUUGCUGUGGGUCCUUUGCCCCAGUGUGAGAGGCUGGUGUGACCAUGCAUCUGAGCGGACAGAUCUCAACCUUUCCGUCACUUAUGACCUCCCAACUUUCACUGCGGACUUUCCGAUCCAGAACAUGGUGAUCCUGGACGGGAUCAUCUACGUCGGUGCGGUUAACAGGAUUUACGCUUUAUCCCCCAACCUGACAAAGCUAUCGGAGUACCACACGGGACCACUGUCGGCCAGCGAGACCUGCGGCCAGACACAGGCGAGAAGGGGCGGUAGUGAGAGGGUUGACAACCACAACAUUGCUUUAGUGGUUGAGAAGAUGUACGACCAAGGCUUGUACAGCUGUGGCUCUGAAGACAAUGGAGUUUGCCGCCGGCAUGUCCUGAAUGAGGGCAAUGGUCUGAAAACCGUCGAUGAAGAUGUUGAAUGCUUUGCCAACAGGGGUUCUGGUCAGCCCAGUGACUCUGAUGUGGUCGUAAGCCCUUCGGGGUCUCAGGUGCUCAACGUGGAGAGCAACAUUAUCAACUUUUUUGUUGGGAACUCUGAAAUUCCAGGCAAAGAUAACAUGACCGGCAUGACAACACAUCCUCACACCUUCUCCAUGCGGAAGAUGAGGACAAGCCAAGAUGGUUUCACUUUUGAGUCCAGCUCCUCAUACAUGGACCUGAUCCCAUCCCUAAGAGGAAACUAUUACCUGCGCUACGUUUACUCAUUCCACAGUGGACCCUUCGCCUACUUCCUCACCGUGCAGAAGGUGAGCUGGGACUCUCAGGCCUACCACACACGCAUCGUCCGGAUGUGCUCCUCAGACAAGUCCAUCCGUCGCUACGUGGAGAUGCCCCUCGAGUGCAUCAGCACUAACAAGAGGCGCCGACGCUCUGCAGGCAUGAAGGUCUUCAACAUACUGCAGGCUGCUCAUUUCACAAAGGUGGAAAAAGGCGAAGAUGUGCUGUUUGCUGCUUUUGCCCAAGGAAAACCAAACUCUCCAGAGCCAACCCCCAACUCCGCCAUCUGCAUCAUGACCAUCAAACAAAUCAACGAGCGGUUCCGGUGGUACAUGCAGGAGUGCAGCACGGUGGAGCCGUAUCACUUCACAGGAUCGGACAGGAAGUCCUGCCACAACGUGACCUCCUCAGAUGACUGUGACCCCCAUGAAGGCAUCAGCGAGGGGAAAGAGAGUGCCUAUCGCCUGCAGGUGACCCACUUUGUCCAGAGGUUGGAGUACUGGCACACAGACUUGACAAACACAUUAGUUACUUCAGUCCUGGCGGCUCCAGUCAAUGACGGCACCAUGAUAUACCUCGGAACUGCAGAUGGACGCCAUAUUCAGGUGCUGUACUCGCGCUCCAGCUCUCCACAUGUGAACAUUCGCCUGGACUCCAGACCGGUCUCUGCCAGUGUAGCCCUGCCGGGUACGGCCCACUCAAAGGGAGCAGUGAUAGUGGCCACAGGUAACAAGAUCACUAAAAUCCCACUGACUGGCCCCGGCUGCAGUCAGAUGACGACCUGCACGUCGUGCUUGCUGUCGUCGAAGGUGACCGAGUGCGGUUGGUGCAACGGACGAUGCACCAGAAAGCAUGAGUGUCCGUCCUCUUCCACAUGGACUCAAGACUACUGCAUGCCUGUUAUUACCAAAUUUUCUCCGGCCUCUGGACCUCUACGCGGCUCCACAACUGUGACAAUCUGCGGUCACAACUUUGGCUUUGACAAAAUGAAGACGUUCAAAGGCUCGGAGACUCUGACGGUCUCUGUGAAUGUGGCGGGGGCACCGUGCAAAUCCACAGAAGAGAAUGUGAGGAGAUGGACUGAGAUCCAGUGUUCCCCGGUGUUCAGAGGGAAUUUCACUCCAUCAGGACACAAAGUGAAAGUCACCAGUGGUCACAAGGUGGCCACGAUGGAGGGUUUCACGUUUGUGGAUCCUGUGAUCAGUGACAUCUUUCCUACAUUUGGUCCAAAGUCCGGAAACACCAUGUUGACCAUCAGAGGAGCUUUCCUGGACACUGGAAAUGAGCGAUCUGUGACCAUAGGGAAGAAGAUUUGUCAAAUCCAGAGCUUGACCUCCACUAUGAUCACCUGUAAGACACCCUCACACACUUCUCCCUCAAAAGAGUGGGUGAAGCUCACAGUCGAUUCAGUUGAGCGCCAAGCGACCAUGCAGUUUACCUACAACGAAGACCCCAUCAUCAUCAACAUCCAGCCGUCUCACUCCUUUAUGAGCGGGGGCUGCACAGUGUCGGCUCGUGGCUUUUUCCUCCAAUCUGGACUCCAACCGCAGAUGGUUGUCACCGUUGGUCAGGAUUCAGCUGCAGUCUUCCAUGUGAGCUGCGAGUAUGGUGAAAACCAGACCUCCAUCCAGUGCACUACGCCUUCCCUCGCCAAACUGGCUCUUCACCACGCCUUGGUCACCAAGGUGACUUUUGUCCUGGAUGGCUACUCGACUCCUCAGCUGGACCUGAUUUACGUGGAGGAUCCGUUAUUCCAAGACCCAAAGCUGACCUCAAAAGACAACAAGAGCAUCGUGGAGCUUAAAGGUGAUCGGAUGGACAGGGAGGCAAUGAACUGUAAACUCCUGACCGUGUCCAACCACAGCUGUGAGAGCCUGACGGUGGUUGGGAACACUCUAAAGUGCACCGUCCCCCCUGAGCUGCAGAACAAGGAGCUGGAGGUGGAGUGGCGACAGGCAGACUCCAUCAGGACUCUGGGCAGGGUGAUGCUGGCACAGGAGCAGGACUACACCGGCCUGAUUGUGGGCUGCAUUUUCUUCAGCUUGUUGUUGCUUCUGCUGGGAACGGUGCUGAUGUGGAAGAGGAACAAGCACAUCGAUGAUCUGUCUGAGGUUUGGUAUGACAGCCGGGGUCACAUCCAGCAUCUGGACCGGCUGGCUAACGCGAGGAGUGUCAGUCCCACCAAUGAAAUGGUCUCCCACGAGUCAGUGGACUAUAGAACCACCCUGCUGGAGGAUCAGGGUGUCGACAGGCCCGAGACGUGCCGGGCGCCCCCCCCUGUCUACGGGGGUAACGGGGAGCUGCUGUCUCCCAGACUGGGAGCCCUGAGCUCUGGGAUGAGCCUGGCCAUGGAGGGCGACUUGGUGUCCCCCCUCCUGAUGGCCCCCGUCCACAUCGACCCAUCCUGUCUUCACCCAGACCUGCUUACCGAGGUGCAGCAUGUGGUGAUCGCCAGGGAACAGCUGCUGCUCCACCUGAACCAGGUCAUCGGCAGAGGUCACUUCGGCUGCGUUUACCACGGAACGCUGCUCGAGCCCGACGGCCAGAAGCUGCACUGUGCGGUGAAGUCCCUAAACCGUAUUACAGACUUGGAGGAGGUGUCUCAGUUCCUGAAGGAAGGGAUCAUCAUGAAGGACUUCAGCCACCCCAACGUCCUCUCUCUGCUGGGAAUCUGCCUUCCACCAGAGGGCUCACCACUGGUGGUUCUGCCCUACAUGAAGCACGGCGAUCUGCGGAACUUCAUCCGUGACGAAGUACACAACCCCACGGUGAAGGACCUGAUGGGUUUUGGGCUCCAGGUGGCCCGCGGAAUGGAGUAUCUGGCCAGCAAGAAGUUUGUCCAUCGAGAUCUGGCUGCCAGGAACUGCAUGUUGGAUGAGAGCUACACAGUGAAGGUGGCAGACUUUGGCCUCGCCAGAGACAUCUAUGACAAAGAAUAUUACAGCGUCCACAACAAGAGCGGAGUCAAGCUGCCUGUCAAGUGGAUGGCUCUGGAAAGUUUACAGACACACAAGUUUACCACUAAGUCAGACGUGUGGUCCUUUGGGGUGCUGCUUUGGGAGCUGAUGACUCGUGGAGCCCCGCCAUACUCUGACGUGAACUCCUUCGACAUCACCGUGUUUCUCCUGCAGGGCAGGAGGCUGCUGCAGCCGGAGUUCUGCCCCGACACCCUCUACACCGUAAUGGUUGAGUGCUGGCAUCCGAAGCCGGAGCGGCGGCCGUCCUUCUCAGAGCUGGUGUCCCGCAUCUCCGCCAUCUUCUCCAGCUUCAGCGGCGAGCACUACGUCCUCCUGAACACCACCUACGUCAACAUUGACAAGAUGAGCCCCUACCCCUCCUUGCUCCCCUCCACAGCCUCAUCCUCCUCUUCAUCCUCCGAGGCGUCUACCUCCACGUCCCUGCCGUCACGCUCCCCGCUCUUCUGUCCCGCGGAGCGAGGAUGCUGCACCUGAGAGAAGGAGCUGGCCGUCGGGAGGCAGAGACACGAAGCCGCUGGGAGGUGAACUCAUGAGGGACUACUGGAUGGACUCUCCAAACACUGGACACUGCAUGCUGUGGAGACACGGAGACUUGUUUUUGGAGCUCGGAUUGCUUGUUCUUCCUUUGGUGUACAUAGGUUGGGACCAUCUCAUACAUUGCUUUGCAUCGGGGAGCUUGGAGCUGACCUUGUGGACUUCCGCAGUUCUGAGGCGCAUAGAGACGAACAAGCAACGGCAGGACAGCAACGGCCUUCAGAGGUUUCCAGACUCAUCCUCACAGAAGCACACUGACUGGGGUCAUGUACUGUGAAUGAGUUUAAAACGACUGAGCUUUCACACCUCCACAAACCAUUAGUGUGUGACGUUCAUGCAGAGCUGGAGGAAACCAGCUGAGGUGGGCUGGAGGCGGAGCUUAGCCUGGUGGACUAAAGCAGGAUGUGCAGAAAAAACAUGAUUGUGUUCAGAUCACUGGAUGAUUUAUAAAUAUUGUUUUGCUGUUUUUUUACCUCCUUUCCUUUUAAAAACACUACAGUUGUUUCAGUAUAAAGUUGUGAGGAAGAGGAAAACGAAUCAGGACUGAAUCCAUGAGGCAUUUUUUUUUUCCUGCAUCUGCUUAGCUUACAUUGAAGGUUCACAGUAAAAUAAAAACAUCCCCUGCAGCAAACAUUUAGCUGAUAAAAGUUUAGCUCUUUUUCAUAAACAACUUCAUACAGUGGGUGAUAGGCAACAUUUUAUCUCAGUCACACCUAAAAGCGCACAAGCUAACAAGACAGAGUUUGUCUCAAUUCUUCCCUUCUCCCUACCCCAACAUUGAGCCCUCCAAACGGACACUUAUGGAAAUAUAGUGUCUCCAAAUUUGGACAUCACUUCCACUUGAUGACAUCAUCAAUAGUCGCCGGUGAGCUAGCUUUAGCGCGGAGCUUCCACCUCUUGAAUAUACAUAACAACUGCGGUUUUAUAACUUUAAAAAGGUCAUGCUACAACAAAAAGUCAUUACUUACAUUUAAAUAUAAACUUCUGUGGUUCAGAGCGCAUCCAUGUGAAAAAAAACCUUUCCUCAAACCCUGUAGUAACAGAGGGCUCUGUAUCACUCCUCUUGGAGGAUUGGCCCCCAAAUUCCCUCCUAACUCCAGAACCAGUAAAAAAAAUCAAUAUAGUGCAGUACUAUAGUGUAUUGAAUUUUAAAAGCAAUUCAGACACCAUCAUUAUUACUUCUUUUUAACAGCAAAUAUGAUGUCACAAAUAAGUAGUAAAAACCUAAUAAAUAUGAACAUCUUACUGAGACUUUUUAUGAAUCCACUCUGUUCUGAUGAGGAAAACUUUAUGAAAUCUUUUUUUUCACAUGAGAAAUAAUGCAAACGUAAUGCAACGAUCUAGUGAGCAUCGAUGCAGACACAAGUUUUCGGCAGAGACUUCUGGGCACUCGACUUUGGAAUUGUAGAUUCAGACAAAACUACAAGAUGACAAACACCCUAUUUAGUUGCACUAUGCAGUGAGUAGUGAAGGAACUCAUUUCAGUUUCAUUUGUUCAAGGAAACUGGAACAAGCAAAAUUUGUUUUCCAUUUAUUAAUGCAAGUAGCAACCAUUUUUUUUCACGAUGAAAGCAAAUCUUCUAAAAUGCAAAGGCAACUUUAGGUAAGACCCCAGUGUCAGAACCUUUGAGUGUUGACCUCUUCAGAUUAGGAGUGAGUGGAUGACACAAAGCUUCUCUAGGUAGCGAGUCAGUAAGGAUCUAACGAUUUUUCAGGAAUUUAUAAAAAUAAAAGAUUCAAACUCGUCAACAUGUUUAGACUAAUGCAGAGCAGAUCACAUUUCUCCAUGCAGGCUCGCUGUGAGUGUGUGGACGUGUGUGUGUCUGUAUCUGUGUGUUUUUUUUCUCUGCAAGCUGCGCGUGAACAGUCAUUUGCGCUGAGUGUGAACACAGCAUGAACCGAGUCUAAAAGGAUUUGUGAUCAUUUCAGUAUUAUGUAUAAUUGUUUAUUUGUGUUUAAUCCUUCCUGUUAGUAGGAAUUCAGACAGUUUGAUGUAGAGGGACAAAAAAGAAAACAUACUUGGUCUUAAAAUGCCUUUAAUUCAUUGUGUUGGGAAAAAAAAUCUAAAAAAAAUCAAAAUUGCAAUUUUAGAAUUGUGAAUUGAAUCAAAAUGUGGCUUGACUGAAUCGUUACAACUAGUUGGGGGCACAACCGAGUGACAAAUGACAUGAUAGAAACAGUGGUUUGGAAACCAGAACUAAACUUCAUAAAGUAAAAGGAUUUCUUAUUCCAGGAUUCUUAUCUUUCUUCUUCUCUAUCUUCCUGCCUUUGCAGUGAAUAAGUUAUAGAUAUCUGAAAGGACAACCGGGACUGGAGUUUGACAUUUGUGGGUCAACUUGCAAUAGCUGGCAGCGUGAGAUUACCGCUUUAAUCUCUCAAAUUUGCUUAUCCAAAAGACGUUCGGCCUUCCACCUAACAGUCAAGCGCAGUGACCUGGGAAGAUAGCUGCACCAUAAAAGUUUCGUUCUUAGGGAAUAAUCAUCAUGCUUUUUAAAAACUCAGCAGCACAUGACUAAAAUGAGAACACAUAGAGUCCAAGGCGACAUUGUAUUUGUUGGGAUCUCUGCUCAGACUGCUGUGACUCAGUCAGGAGUUAAUAACAAAUCGACAUACUUUACAGACUUAAUUUUUUUUACGUUAUCAGGUUUUGCUCCAAAUCUAAAUUUAUCUUCCACACUUUAAGAACUGACCAGCAGAAGAACUGAUGUUUUAGCCCAGAAAUCCACAAUAGUCCAAACUUUCACUGACAGUCUUGUCAAAUCUUGGCACAGAACUGGAUUACAGUGUGGGGACGGUCUUUGGAGACUCUGUCUGGGAUUGCUUUGCAUUAUCUCUAUUUAAUUAUAUGAUUGGAGCAUGUUUAGCAUUUAUGCUACAAGGCAGCUACAAUGAAAAACAAAAACCAGUGACAGAAGUGAGCAACUGAGGAGACAUUUUACUGAUAGAUGAUCAAAAGCAACGUGAUGAAGUGUGUUAUUCAGAACCGAUCAGCAGGGGGGUCCAAAUCCAGGCCCCCAGAAUUACUUCUGUUCAUUUUCCAGUUGUUCCUGUCCCACCUGCUGCCACUGACCUGGAUCAGGUGUGUUCCAUCAUUGAGAAGCUUCAAGGACAAAGCUGUUUGGGAAAGAAGCAGGACACGGCCCUCGAGGCCAGAAUCCCCCCCAUGCUUGAUAUACAGGUUCCCUCUGGCUGGCAUUACCUCCAGUGCAACAGAGAAGUCCUGAGUUGUGUAAAUAUGGAGCAGAUCAUGUUUAUAAAGCUGAGGAUCGCUGACUGAAUGGGAGGAUUAGGUUGUGAAGUUUCAGUCUUCUCUGUUAUUUUAAAAUGAAAGCCUCUGUUAAGGCUUAAGCUUAAAUCUAAAUGACUUUCUUCAGUUUUUUUUGUUUUCAAAUGAAUCCGAACUAAUGUCUUCCUGUCCGAUUUUAAGAGUAAUCAUCUUAACCUGUGAGUGAACUUGUCAUAAUUGGGAAAAACAUUGUGAACCGGCCUUUUUGAUGUUUGCUUUGUGUAGCAGUUUUUUGUGUUUUUACUGGCAGCUGAAUGUUUGCUAUGACAGGAAAUUUGCUGUACUAUAUUUUUUUAACGACGACACAAUGCCUCUUGUUUGGUCCAAUGGGGAAGACUAGUGAUGAACUGUGGCACAAAACAAAAACCACUCAGUCAACCCUCUUGGUUUUGGGACGAACCACUGCCAUUUUGUAUAUAAGGAGAGGAGGCUCUGUGUCUCUUAUGUACUGAUAGACUGUUGUCAAUGUCAAAUCAUUGUGAAGAAAAGAAAAAAAAAAAAUAACAGAUGUUAAACCGUCAAGAACCACCUCAUGACUGCUGUCACUUUCAUGUAAUUUCCCAUCACUUCGUCUGUGUUUGUAUGUUCACCUGUAAAAAUCCUGAAGGUACAUCUGUAAUGUCAAACAACUUGUUUAAUAAAGCUAUUCCUUUAAA